CCUUUCUAAUCAAAAAGGGACUCUUCACUUUCUAAAUAAAAGGAGCUCGAACGGAUCGACUUGUCCAUUAGCUGACUGACCUCACUUACCUGUCAUUUUUCAAGCACUCUGUCCGAAAUUUCGGGUCUUUCGUCAAGAUGCGUUUCACUUUAUGGGUUGUCGGCUUGUUUUGCCUUGUUGGUUUGGUGUCAUCGAAUAUUGAAAUGUCUAACGAAGAGAAUCGCCAGCCCAGCAUUUCUAUCGUCGGUGGAACUGCAGCUCUUCUUGGCGAAUUUCCAGCAUUGGGUGCUAUGCGCACUAGCAGUGGUGCCCUUCGUUGUGGUGGAACUUUAAUUACACCUUCACACGUUUUGACGGCCGCACAUUGUCUGUCAGGACUGAGUGCGACUGCCAUUAGCUCGUUAAGAAUGAUGUUCAACUCGUUGACGGUGAGCGGCGACACCGGCUCUAUCGCUAGAAACGUGACGAGAGCCAUCAUUCAUCCAAGUUACACCUCCGUUACCAGAGGAUUCGACGUUGCCGUGAUGCUGUUAAAUUCACCUAUCACAACCAUCGCCCUAACUAAACUUCCAACGGAUUCAGCUAUUGCGACCACAAUAAGACCAACAACAACAAGACGGACCACAACAGGACGGACCACAACAAGACGGACCACAACAAGACGGACCACAACAAGACCAACCACAAAACCAUCAUGUUCGUGUACCUGUCCACCAGCAACGGUGAGACAAAAGGUCCAGCCUAAAACCCAAGCCGUUGAUUCGAGAGCUUUUAGUACAUACGAGAACGAGCCGGCCGUCAUUGCUGGAUGGGGGACAACGUCUUCCGGGGGCAGCAUUUCUUCCAUUUUAUUGAAGGCCAACGUCACGGUUUUAGCCAAUUCAGUUGUCGCUUCUCAAUAUGGUAGUUCCUUCCUCCCCCUAGCGAUGCUGGGUGCCGCCGCCCCGGGUAAAGACACCUGCCAGGGUGACAGCGGUGGCCCUCUUUACGUUAAAGGUGUUCAAGUUGGCAUUACCAGCUGGGGCAGCGGCUGUGCUGAUCCUGACUUCGCUGGAAUCUAUACGCGAGUCACUACUUAUGUUGACUGGAUCGCUCAAACGGUGACCAGCAAUCCGGUGUAGAUCUAUUGGCGCUAUGCAGUGGACAUUCAAACUAACACGACUUUGUACGACUUCUUAAUUGACUUUGAUUUAUGUCAACCACGUAACAAUAUCUGGUUUUGAUGCGUCAUGAAUAGGUUUUCAUAGAUGCUAUGAUUUUUUUUUAAGCUUUGUUUUCCUUUUGCAUUGGAUGGGGUAUAAUAAAAUUCGUUAUUCAGCAGCAA